UAUUUCUGAAUUCUAAAAUUGGAUUGUCAAGACCUGAUUCGACUAAAUGGAGGGAUUAACUAAGUUGAUAGGAAAUAUUUCCCCAAUGGAACUGGAUUUUGAGUGCACUGAUUUGAGCAUUUGGAAAGAAGCUCUCUCCUCCUACAAAUCUCGAAUCCAAUCUCUAAACAAGCCUAAUUUGAUUUCUCUUGACGAAUUUUACACCCACGAUCUUCCCUCUCUUCUCCGCCAACGAAACCCUAACCCUUUCAUUACCACCGCCGAACUCUCCCGCCUCAUGCAGUGGAAGCUCACUCGCGGCAAAUUGAGGCCUCGUUUGUUAAACUUCGUUUCCUCUUUGGACGACUCUUCUGUCCAAUCCGUUUCUCAAAAGGCUUUCCUCUCCCUUCCCGACAUCUCCAAAGCCAUCUCCCAGCUUACGGUUUUGAAAGGAGUCGGCCCCGCUACUGCCUCCGCUGUUCUCGCCGCCUACGCUCCUGAAACGGCGCCAUUUAUGUCCGACGAGGCUAUGGUGGCUGCGCUUGGAAGCUCCAAAGAUUAUUCGUUAAAACAAUACUUGUUAUUUGUGGAAAAACUACAGAGCAAAUCUAAGGAACUAAGUUCAAUGGGUGACUCCUUCAAACCUUCGGAUGUAGAAAGGGCUUUGUGGAGUUCAGCUGUAGGCAUAAAGUUGCAGUCUUCACAGACAGCUCCGGACAACAAGAUCAAGGGAAGCAACAAAAGAAAGAGAAAACAUUGAAUUAUCUAUGUGCAAGAUGAUGGAAACUUUUGUGAGUUCUAACAUGGCCAAGUAUUAAUCUUGUUUACUUGAUGCUAACACUUUAUCAAUGUGAUGUUGUGCCUUGGUCAUAUAUCUGGCAUACAUGCAUGGAAUGCAGCCUGAAAUUCCUUGUGUUGGAUUUAACUAUUUUAGUAUGGUUAACCCACUGAUAUUAGUUAAA